AUGACAACGAAUGAAGGAAUUAUUGGAGAGAGUGCCCUGAUGGGAUCUGGUGCUUUGAUGUUGGUCAUAGCAGAGAAAGAUGAAUUGCAGCUAGCUACUGAAUGGGUGAAGGGAAAACCAAUGGAUGAAGUUUUGACAAUCAAGAACACUGACAUUGCGAAGCACUUGUCCCUUCCACCAGUAAAGCUCCAUUGCAGCAUGCUUGCCGAGGAUGCGAUUAAAGCUGCUGUGAAAGACUACGAAGCCAAGAAGGCGAAGAUGGGGCAAAAGGGUGAAGACAGUCCUUCAGAGAAGGCUGCUGAAGCAUGA